UGUUACUACUGGUUAGUGUUUACUCCUCAGUCCUCACUUAAUAGUCAGCAGGUCUCAGGCAAAGAAAGGCGGUUCAGUUGGGUGACAGUAAAGAUUAUUUUCGUUUUAGAUUUAGUGAAUUUUACUUCUGAAACGUUAAGCAAUGGCAUCAUCGAGCAAAAUAGAAGACCAUCGUCGCAAGUGGGACCGGGAUGAGUACGAGCGAUUGGCUGCGGAGAGGAUUCAGGAGGAGCUUGAUGCUCAGGAGAAAGCUCAACAGAAACAGCCUCCCGUGAAGAGAGAGUUGCUGCGUCAACGAGACUAUCGGGUUGAUCUUGAGUCCAAGUUGGGCAAAAGUAUAGUAAUUACGAAGAAUACUCCUUCUUCUCAAACUGGAGGAUAUUACUGCAAUGUGUGCGACUGUGUCGUCAAAGAUUCUAUAAACUUUCUGGACCACAUCAAUGGAAAGAAACAUCAGAGGAACAUGGGCAUGUCCAUGCGUGUGGAAACCUCUACACUGGACCAGGUGCGGCGGAGGUUUGAGAUGAACAAAAAGAAACGAGAAGAGAAAAAGAAAGAUUAUGACAUCGAGCAAAGGAUGAGGGAGUUGAAAGAAGAGGAAGAAAAACUGAAAGAGUACAGAAAAGAAAAGAAAAAAGAGAAGAAAAGAAAAUUAGAGGAGGAAAGCGAAGACACAUCCAACAGCCAUCAGUCAGAAUUGGCAUCAAUCAUGGGGUUCUCAGGGUUUGGAGGGGGGAAGCGCAAAUAGUUACAUAAUACCUUCCCUCUACACUUGGCUUUAAUUUUGUAUAUAAUUCUAUCUCUGUGGCUGUACAACGUUUCUGUAUAUGUAAAUACAUGUUUUUAUAUGAGA